AUGGUGCUUCGAUGGGUUGUUAAUGCCGGCCUUUUGGCCAUCCCCAUCGGAGGCACUGUAGGUGCUCUGAUGGGAAUCGAUGCGCACCGACAUGCGACAGGACAAGCGCCUCUUUUCAGCGGCGGCGGCGGCGGUUCAUCGGGCUCCGGUUCUGGUGGCAGCGGUAGCACUACUCAUAAUGGAGUGAACAACACACUGUACUGCCAGGAAUCAUACGGAAUCACACCCGACACAAAAGGACAAGGCUUCACAUUAAAUCCCAAUCAAUGGGGCGUGACCGGCGAUACAGUCGGAGCAUUAUGCAUGAACGUCACAACCUUCGACAACGGGACAUACGCGACCAAGAACACAGCACCAGAGUUCUCUGUCACAUGGCAAUUCGACCCCGGUCCGUCGACCCAACCGGUCCACGCCUUCUCGAACGUGAUGAUUGACGAUGGCUUGCCCGUCUCUCUUGAGAAAAUUCAGCAUUUGAAUGUCGAUUUCCACUGGACGUACGGAGUAGGCAACACACCCGCUGCGGCGACCGACGAGGCAGAACUGACUAGCGCGUCUGUCAAUACGAACGUCGCUAUCGAUAUGUUCAUGGGUCCCAACGAAAAGGCAAAGGAGAGUACCGAUUAUACUCAUGAAGUGAUGGUCUGGUUUGGGAAGUUCGGGUCCGCCGCGCACGUCAUAGGACAAGAGGCUGGCAUAGUUGCGACCAAAGUGUUAAAUGGAACUACCUUUAACCUAUAUUCAGGCCAGAACGGCAAGCAGCAGUGGGUUCUGACGUGGCUUACGAGCGACUCUCCGAACGAUCCUCAGGCGAAGGGGAAGACUACGGAAACGUUCACCGGUGAUCUCUUGCCUCUGAUCGCCGAUCUAUAUACCAUGACUGGGGAGGCUUACCCGUCCAAAUCCGACUACAUGGGUAUCUUCCAAUUCGGUACCGAGGCCUUCUCAUCAAGUACAAAUGUCACAUUUUGGGUACCGCAAUUCUCAGCAGAUAUGCAAUGA